CUAGUAUCUUGAGAAUAAAUAGAUGGCAAUGAUGUAUAAUUUUGUUUACAUGUUCCUAGUGAGUGACGUAUGUUUUGCGUAGUUCACGGUCAAAAGCAACCAUAAUCGUAACAAUUAUGAGCUGUGUUCUUCACAUGGUAGUUACGGAAAUUGAACAAGUAAUAUAGAAUGGAGGAGUCAAAGAUUGGUGAUUUCACGUGGUCGCUUCCUCGCAAUCCGUGGACUGAUGCUUGCGAAAAACAUGAGGAGGACAAGAAAUUUCUAAAUUUGAAUGAUCUCGAGUAUCCUGAACUAAAUGGUACAGUUGUCAAGAAUAAGAAUUCAGUUAUACAAAGAGAAGAAUGUUUGUUAACACCCAACAUUGCACGGAUUUUAUUGCCCAUGCAAACAAAUACGGAACCAAAGAGAUCUAUAAAAAGAUACAAGAAAUCAGAUAGGAUUUCCAUUAAUCUUCAAGAAGCUUUACAGAAUACUAUAUGUUCAACUAACAUGGGCAAGGAAGUUCCUAAAUUAAAGAUUAAUUUGUACAUGAAUAAUCUUGGUUUUACGCUACCAAAUUCAUUGGAUAAAAACAAGUGUUCAGAUCUAAGGAAAGUGAAAAUGUGUAUCUCCAAAAAUAAGAAACCAUCUAAAGUGAAGAAAAUAAUUCUACUGAAUCGCAACAUGAAAGCGCAGAUUAAUGUUGAGAAAAAAGAAAUCUUCGAGUGUAAAAAAAUGGAGGCUAUCUGCAAGGAUGUCGAUACUAUAAAUUUCAAUGCCUUAAAAAUCACAACAGAUCCAGAAACAGACGUAGACUGUAUUAAAAAUAUGUGGACAAUGACACUGUAUGGCAAAAACUACAGAAAUAUAAAUGAAAUAAAUAUCUCUGAUAACACGCUCUCUCACAGAUCAGAUGUCAUUGGAAAAAUAAAUGAUCUUGGGAUCCAAGGAAGGCAAUUAACAAAUAAAUUAGUCGCAAGAAACAAUAGGACACAUUUCUCCAACUUUAUUAGUGAUAUAAUUGAAAAUGAUAUUGCUAAACAAACUCGCUCCCUUCAUAUUAAAGAGGACGUUAAGCCAGAGGUUCAAAACAAUGCAGACAUGACAGAUGAUAAAAACUCUGUAAAAUUUUCUCGUAACUUUAGAGAAUACUGCACUAAUACGUUAACAGCGACCUUGAACGACAACCUUGAAAAAUUUGUAGAGAGACUCACGAUGCUUCAAAAGAGAUAUCACGAGAGAAAUCCAAACAAAUCCAAGUACAAACGUCGUUAUUAUUCUGGUUUGAAAGAAGUUCGUAAGCACGCCGAAUUGAAGCAGCUCAAGUUCGUGAUUGUCGCUCCUGAUAUCGAGAAAAUUGAACUCGAAAACGGAUUAGAUGAUCAAGUCAAUCAAUUACUCGAUAUAUGCAGGAAAGAAAAUAUUGUUUUCUGCUUUGGAUUACGAAGAAGGAAGUUAGGGUAUUAUACUCACGGAAAAGGGUUUGUUGGUUGUAUUGGCAUUGCAAAUUAUGGCGGAACUGAGUUACUUUUCAAAAACGUUUUAAUGGAACUUGUAACCGCGAGGAACGCGUUCGAAAAACUGAAUGCCGCCUCUGACGCAAUUGUCGAUAUAUCGAAAGUAAUCUCGGAGGAUGACUUACUUUCAGAAAAUAUUAAUGCUCUUUUGAAAUUUUUGUCUUAAAAUAGUCUUGAUAAAGAUAGGUAUUCUUUUGUAUUUACAUUAUUAUAAACUUGAAGUUGAUUGCAUGUAACAAAUAUUGUUUAGCACGUGAUUUAUAAAAUCGAUAUGUAUUGAUGUUUAAGCUGACAUAUAACGUAAAUUUAGACUAUAAAAUUUAUAUCUGUGAGAUGUAUAGAGUAUAAAAUGUGAAUCUUAAUAAUAAAUAGUUAUAAAUUUUCUGACUUUAAAUAAAUUUUUUAUUGUU